AUGAUGGAGGCCCAGGUGUCUACUUCUCGCAAAGCUGAAGUUAACAGACCAGAGAACACAAAGAGAAGCUAUGCUCCUAAGCAAAAAGAGUAUAAAGAUUGGUGUGAUGAAGCUUUCUCGAGCAUUUCCCUCAAAAAUUGCUACACUGUAUAUGGAGAUAAGCUCCAUUUGUUUCUUAAAGACUGUGUUGUCAACCGAACCCACAGAAGAGACACUGGAAAAACCAUCAAGUAUGGAACUGCAAUGGCCUAUCUUGCUGCUAUUGUGGAUAUGUACCAGAAGCAAGUUAAAGUCGCUGUUGGACAACAUGAAGUUCACAAUGAGCGUGCCCAUCGUGCUGAAAACCAGGACCGUGGCCUUGGAACUCUGGUGGAUGGAUACACCACAGAGAAUGAGAUUGCUAGCAUUGUUAGCUAUUAUUUCUUGAGAUCAAGCGGAGGGCACCCAUUGUGGCAGCAUGGUGUAUUCCAUGAUCCCAAAUACAUCGAGUUCAAGAGAUCAGUCAAGGCUUUUGUGGAGACAGAUGUCGAGCCUACUGACAUCCUUUUGCAGAGAGCACUUCCUCUGAUGGCCAGAAAGUUGGCUGACAUGCAGAAUGCGGACAGCGGGUUUCGCAGAGAAGUUCUGCGGGAGUUUGGUGUUCUUCACCAGAAGAUUGACGACUUGGUAUCUGGGAGAAUCCCUCUUUGGUCCCUUCAAGAAGAUGGAGGGGAAAGAGGUGAAGCUAGAUCAACAGAGGUCCAAGCAUUUCCAGUCCCAGCCAACAACUCUGGACCAAUUUCCCAGCUGUCAGACAUACCUGUUCGGUAUAGAAUGAGCAGAGAUGUGCAGACGGUGCCUGACUUGUGGAGAGAAUGGCAUGUGGGACUCUCUGGCUGUGUCUCCAUACACGAGAUGGAGACGAGACGUAAAAGAAUUGUCAAUCGUAUUAAGAAAUAUAUGGUUGACAAUUCCUCACUGGUUGGCUCGUUGUCUGAGUCUGUAACCCCACUAAAAACUCUGUGA